UGCAGAGGUGCAUUGUGGGAAACUCCCAAGUUUCCCCCCCUCCUCUGCCUGCCUCCCUCCCUCCUCUCUGCGCAGAGCCAGCUCCCGAGGUGUGACUCGUCCAGCCGGAGGACAGAGGUGCCGUAUCAUGUCCAGGUAGGACAGUGCCAGCGUGAGAAUCAUCCCAAGACAGCUGCUCCAAGGGCUUGAGCUCGGGUGGCUCCUCUGCUUCCUCCAGCAGCCGGGCAAAGGAGAGGAGCUGGGACAGCCCCGAGCGCGUGGCAUCCAGUCGCUGCCCACAGCACUCGCAGGAUGGAUUCCAAAGGCAACGUCCGAAGCGGAAACAAACCCGACGCCAAGGCCGCCAGCUCCGGAAAGCCAGAAAAGCCCAACCCUGGGCCUGCCACGAAUGCAGACAAGAAGGAGGUCCCCAAGGAGCAGCCCGCUCCUGCCAGCGCCGCCAAGAAGGCGGGUGGUGACGCCGCCGUCGUGAACAACCACAGCAACCUGAAACCCAACCCCGCCGGCACGGAGGCGCACGAGGCCACCGGCCAGUCCCCUGACUCUGACCACAAGGGAAACAGCUCCGAGGAGUCACCGGGCAGCUUCUUCGACAACAUGAAGCCCUUGAUCAUCGUCGGAGGGGUGGCGGUGGCUGCGCUGGCUGUGAUUGUGGGAGUGGCGUUCCUAGCCCGGAAAAAAUGAAGACCGAGACGGGGUGGGGAUGAGGAACCCAGCCCAGCUGUACAGCUCCUUUUGAGACAAAUGCAUGCAGAGAAAUUCUAUACAUAGCUAUAUAUAUAGAGAGCGAGCUAGAUAGGUCAACAACAAACACCAACUGCAACUUCGAGGGUCUUGUUCAAGACAACUGUGCCAGUUUGACCCAGUGUGGGUAACUCCAUGCACUCAGUGUGUUCUUUCAUGUAAUAUAUCUUGGCUUAUACCACCGUGUAUAGGUUACAGCUUCUCCUCGGUGUAAAUGACGGUGUCCCCUCCCCUCCCUCGCUGUUCUCCCUGGGAGACACCCCCACCUCUCUUGCAGUCCCCUGUUUUCAAGUCCCAAGUGUUCUACGUCCCAUCUGGAGUCCCCACUUUGUGUUUUGGUUUCUGUUUGGUUUGGUUUGAAGUUGGGUUGUGGUAAAGAAGACGGAAGGGGAGAGCCAGGGCCCAGUUCUCCUGCCGCGGUGCGUUGGGUGGUGUUUGCCCAGCGCUCCCGGGGCAAGGGCAGGUAGAAGGCAGCUCCCUGACCAAACAGCAGUGUGUGAUCUCCAAUAGGUGUCUCGUGUACCUGCUGCUCAUCAAGCCACCUCUAAUCACCCAGCUGGGAAGUGCCCCGGAGGAAAAGCUGCAGGUGGAGGCUGAGCCUGAGCCUGGGGUGUCCCCUCGAGUCCCAGAGGGGCUGUGCUGAGUCCCCUGCUGACCCCAGGCCGGCAGCAGCUGCCACCUGCUCUGUUCCUUGCACGUUGGCAGGCGGCCUUUAGGAUCCCAGGGCUCCCCCCAGGGUCAUAUGGGCAGCGUUUGGGAUGGAGAGACUUUGUUUUGGAUCUAGUAUUUCCUAAAGUUAGGCUGAGCUUUGCAGGGUGCUGUGGCCUCCGCCCAAGCUCCUUCGAGGUCAGAUGGACUGUUUGUGUUCAUUUUUUUUGGGCUUUGGAUCAGGCCUUUCACCAGGUUUUUUCCCCACUGAAGGGUGUAGUCUCAUUAGAUGGGAAGACAGGAAAAGGGGAGACAUGAGUUGGUUUUAGGGGCAGAGAGGACCUGGGAGCCCACGAGAGUAACACUGACCUGCUUUAUAGCAAGGCAACCCUCUUCAAGGGCUAGUCUGCCCUGGGGGGAUUUCUUACCUCCCUCCUGUCAUAGUAGCAGAGAUUUGUGACUUGUCCACACUUUGGAAAUGGAAACAAAUUCCCAGCCCUCGGGAUCAGCCUGGUUUCAUGGGUGAGUACCUUGGCUCUAAAGCCAGACCCUGUGAGGGGGAGAAGAGAGGGUGUUAAGUGCUUUGGCUGAUGCUCUUCUAACACCAGUGGGUGUCCAUUAGGCUUCUCUUGGCUGCUGCAAAACAGAGUCUCAUAAAAAGACCUUAUAUUUUGCUUUUAAAGGAGUCAGAGAUGAGAUGGGGUCAGAACUGUGGCGUCUGGAGCUCGGCAGCAGCCGCAGCCCAUGGGCAGGGUUUAGGGGGAGGGUCAGUAAGAGGCUGUGGCAAAGAGGAGAGAGUUCAGUUCCAGAACCUGUCAGACACCUUUAAUUGAGCUGGAUGUAUGAACUCAGGGGGGGCAGGGCCAGAGAAAGGUGCAUGUUCCUCAGGUGCUGCCUGUGCAGUGUCUGCCUCUGGUACAGUCACUGAACAGGAUGGUGGGAGUGUGUAACUGAUUUGGGAAUUCUUCUCUUGGCUCAUGUCUGUCUUAUUUACCUCCAAAUUUGAUCUGCUGAAUGCAAGUCUUCCCCAAACCAAAGGUCUGGUGAUGGAGCCUGACCUUUCCUAUGGUGAGCUUUGUCACUCUCUUUUUCCCAAGGCUCAUAAAAUAUUCCCAAAGGUGCAUGGCCUCUGGGAAUAUCAGAUGCUGUGUUCUGAUGACCAAGGUGCAGCUGAAGGUUGGUGCCUGCCUCCACCUGUACCUGUACAGAGACAGGGGUGGGCAUGUUGGGUUCACAGGGGCUUUGGGAAGGAGGGCUACAGCUCCAGGCGAAAUCCUGGUAGCCUAAAGCACUCUUGGCAUGCACUGUGGAUGUAUCUCCUGGUGGCAGGGUGUCACUUCCAGCCAGGGGAAUGGUUUGAAGGAGAAGGGUCCGUGGUGGGGUGUUUCUCUAACACCACUUUUCUCUAGAGAUCUUAUUUCCCCUCGUCCUGUUUUGCAGAUGUCCAGAGGUUAUUUCUGAGUUGGGGGGGGGAGAGGAGAGGACAAAUGGUAGCAAAGGAACAGGAAAAGUGUUUGGAAAGCAGAGAUGGGAGAGAACGAAGCUCAGAAGCAGCCCCUGCUGAGCUCCCUUGCAGUGACUGCAGCGUGGCUUUGGCAGAGGACACAGUGGGAACGGGAUGUGCCCAGAUCCUGAAAGUGCCCCAGGCACAUCCUUUUCCACCCUGGGGAGAGACCCCAUUCCACACCAUAGUCCCUCCUGCUCGGAGUCACGUUUUGCCAAGCAGGGUGGUGAUUUUCAGAUGGUGACUUCUGUUUUCAAGAGAUAUUUCUGCCUUUCCUGUCCUUUCCCUCCCACUCAGCCCUGGCCUAGGAUUAUUUUCAGCAGUGUGUGACAUUAGACACAGCAUCUGUCUGUUCUGCCCUGACCAGCACAGGUAGAUCAGGGGGAGGAAAAUGAAACACCUGCUUCAUUUGAAUCUCCAGUUUUACUUUCUAUAGUGUUUUUAUUUCCUUGACUUAACUUUUGCCAACAGAAGAGGGGAAAAAACAGUUCUCAGCCAACCAUGGGCCUUAAACAUUUCUCCACCUCCAAACCCUGCCUGCCCUUAGAGCACUUGGAUGCAAGGCCACUAAUUUCAUCCAGAAACACACCACAGAGGUGCUGAUGGGGCUGCAGCUCCUCAUCUGGGUUUGUCACUCAUUUGAACCCACCCUGCACAGCAGACGUCGUAUUGCCUGUUUGUAAGGGAUUUUUGAACAUGGUAUGUCCUGUUCCCAAGGGAUAUUCCAUGUCCUGUGAUCACUUAAGGGUCUGCUGUCCAGAUAACGACCUCUUUGGCAGUUCAGUUUGGAAACACCUGUCUCUGUGUGUGUGUGUGUGUGUGUGUGUGUGUGUGAAUACACCACCCUGCCUUCGAGAAUAUCCUGCCCAUGUGUGUGUACAUACAUAUGUGUUGUAUCACUGCAGUCUGGGGAGGGGGAGAGAAGCCAAGCUGGAAAUGCCCCUUCCUUCAUUCCCUGCAUUCACACAAAGUGUCUGUGAUGUCUUUUCUGUGCCAUUCCCACCAUGUCACGCAGCGUCUGAACUCCUUUUCAGUCCUGGUUUCUCCUCAGUGCAAAGAACGUCUGGCUAGUGAACUGCUGAAUGUCCGGUGUGCCCGCUGUCCUAGAAGCUCCAAAUCCCUGUUCCCCUCCCUGGAUAGUCGUGUGGGCUGUUUGCUUUAAAAUAAGGCACUUUUAGACUAUACUGGACUGUGCUGUAGCGCUUUUUGAAGUGUGGGUCUAGUGUUGAGUCGGGUAGAUCCAGCGUAGAUGCCACAACGCACCUCAGUCCUGACUCGCAAACACCUCCUGUCCUGCCUUAAUGUGCCAGGCUGUGCAGUGCUUUCCUUUUGAGCCAAAAAUGUCCAGCGAGAACUAGGCUGAGAGGGCGAAUUCCCCUCUCCCAGCCCCGAAUUUGUCGAAGCAGGAGGCUGAACUGACUGAACUCGCUGUGCUAAAUAAAUAGUUGUCUUUUCUCGUACUGAGCACACGCCGUUAUUUGCUUGACGUUCUUUUUUUCGUGUGGUGUUUGUGGUAUGAAGUCCUUCCAGUGCCAUCUCCGUUGGGAGAGUGAAUUGUUAACGCUUACAACUAAUCAGAUUCUGUGCUUGGGGUUUGGAGAGAUCUAGAUUGCUAGUUUACUCUUUUCCGUCAAGUUGAUAAAAUCAUAAAUUCGCCAAAAAUUGGUUUCAGACCUUUUAGCUUAUCACUAAAACUGUCGAUUCAAUGACUGCACCCCGAUCUCAAUCUGUUUUUGAGGAACCCUAAGUUUUAGUCGAAUGCAAAGAUGUCAUUACGCUCCCUUGGACAACUCGGCAGAAGGUUUUAGCUGCUUCUAUUUUAGGAGAGAUGAAAUGGAUUACGCUUCUGCUUCCUCUUCCUACUGAUUUAAUACCCUGUGGAUAAAUCCCGUUAUUCCCAGCAGUGCUGCAGUAGGAUGCAAACAAACGUGGCAGCCAAAGGAUAAUGCAGCAGCAUUUUUGGGAGGGUAAGAACACGUUCCUGCGGGUGCUGUUCACCCGGGGCUCACUCAGAGCGCUGAACAGGCACUUGCCCUGAAGCACUUCUUAGUUCCCUCGAGUUGGGUUAUAAAUUAAAUAUGGGGUUUUUGUCUCUGCUGGAUUAAAGUUUAGGGGAUGAUCCAUAGAAUACUGAAAACCAGGGGAGUUUUUCCGUUGUUUUCACCAUGCUCUGGCCUUUGAGGUCUUGUUGGCACCAGGGAUAUCGAUUGCAGGUCGCCAUAAAAUCUUAUCAGUCACACAUUUUUUUAAAAAAAUUGACACAAACAUUCCUUAGCCCUUCAGCUGAGCAUAAGGAAAGUCUUCUCUGAGGCAGCCUUGCUCACAGCCCUGAUUAUACCCACAUCAGGAUUUGCACAUCAACAACAACAACCCAAACCCCUGGAGUUAGUGAGAGAUGAUUUCUGCCUUAAAACAUUCCCUGCUUUUUCCUGGAAAUGCUACAGGGGUUUGGAAUUCAGCAGCCUUUUAGCUAUUCUUAGAAUUGGUUGAAAAUAACAGUGUCGAAGACUGGAGAGGAAAAUGAUGCUUUGAGAAACGAACCAAAAAAGGAAGGCAAUGAAAAAAUGGAUUUGAAAGGUGAAAUUCCUGGAAUUUCAAUCAGCUCCUUGGAAAGCUUCAAGUCAGUGAAGACUCUGAGAGUGUGCAAAGAACAGAGCAGAGAAGUGGAGAGAAAAAAGCACUAUGUAAUUAUCUUAACAGUUUUGGUAAGGACAUGUUAACUUUUAUAACCUACUCAUUUCUUUUUUUUUCUUGGCAAAAAGCAAAACCGACCCGCUCUGACACCGUGCAAAUUAACCUCUGCUAAUUGCCCUUUUCCAGAUGAAUUUUUCCUGCUGGUCCUGUGCAAUGUUAAUGGGUUAGAAAAACACCUGAAGUUUUCUACAACCAGCUUUGUGUGAUUAAGGGGAAUUGCCAGGACACUUGGAGGGCUGCGUUCUCUUUUCACCUGCUUUGCUAUGGCAAGGGCUGAAAACCCAACCCGCUCACACUUCCAUCCUCUUAGUCCACGCCUUCCUGGUGGAGCAGGGAUGGUGAUUCCCUUCCUGAGCUGUGUAGCAUCUUGCUGUGGUCUCAUUCCCUUCACCACGAAGCCGGGAGAUAUCCAUAGGGGUGGGCAAGGUGCAUUUUCAUGACGAGGCCCGUUUUGGGUGGUCCCCAAACAGACGGGCAGUGCUCGGCCCCCAGACCGUGUGGCACAGCAGGGAACGUACGAAGCUUCCGUGUGCCCUGAUCUGUGAGGGUCUCAGUCUGCCACAGGAUCUGUACUGGAUGACAAACCCACAGGAAGGUCCCUUCCUUGUCCUAAGCUGUCAGUCAGGUGUGAGGUGCUGGGGCUGCUCGGGAGGUGCUGACACAGUGUGAACAUAACGCUGCCCUCGGCUGAAGCUGGUGCUCCUUCAGUCCUCUGGAGCACCAAAAAACACGUGGGGAGGAGAGAUCCCGAAGCCAAGGACCUGCAUUUCUGCUGGCCUGGGAGGAUCAGGUGGUGUGCCAGGGUUGAGGACGCAGAAACCACGAGGAUUUUCCCAUUUGGAUGGGCUGCUCGGGUGUCACCGUGUGACACAGCACUGCGGGACCGCUGGGCCUUGAAAAUUCACAGUUCAUUCAGUUCACCAUAAUAAGCUCGUGCCCAAAGCCUCAAAGUCUCGUGAGAGAUCAGAGCCAUUAGAUUUCCAAAUGACUUUGGAUCUACCCUGUGAUAGAACUCUGCUCACUCCUUUGGACAGCAGUACUUUGGGACUUGUGCCCCCCUGCUCUUUGAUGAUCUUCAAAUUAAAUAGAUUUUUUUUUUUCUGCUGAAAAACAUGAGCAUUUCCUGUUUCUCUUCCAGUUGCUCCCAGCUUGAAAAUGACAAGCAAUUCCAUUAUUUUUCCAGUUCUCAGCCCCAGUGCAGCACCCCGAGCAUGAAUUUACAGGUUAUUGCUGUCUGCGUGAUGAUGUUGCAGUACCAAAGCUCCCACCAGGACAAGAGGAAUCUUUAAUCACCUUUGCAGCAAUUAAGUCCUGCAUCAUAUCCCUGGUUUUGCCUCAACAGCUUCAAGCAGCCAAGUUUCUGGGGCCAAUUGAUGAGAACAAGGGUGCCACACAAUCUUGUCAUGUUAUAAAACAACAAAUAAACAAACCAACAGGGGAAUAAUUUGGCUUUACUAAGUUUUGAGCAGCCUGGUGCCUUUCCCCAGGACCAUUUCAACCGAAGCCUUUAAAAGUUGCAGUUUCAGCUCCCCAGGAAACCAACUCUCUUCCGGUGGUAGGUGCAGGUUGCCUAUAAAUUUGUGCAGAAAAACUGUAGGAAGGGAACUUGAAGGUCAGAUUACAGGGGAUUUUUUUCCUUUGCUUUUGCUUUGUUCGGAUUCUGCUACUUCUCCAGGGACUGAUCCAAAGCCCUUGGAAGUCAGAUCGAAGGCUCAAAUGCUGGGAGCAGGGAAAUGCCUGCUGCUCCUUUGGAAGCCUCAGGCAUCUUUCUGAGGACUUUGGUGGGGUUUGAGUCAGCUCCUGAGCGUGUUUUCCAAACGAUAGGAACUUUCCGAGUGACACCUUGGUUUCUUCCCUGUGCAAACAGACCUGCUUGUCACUUACACGUAUUUGCCCGUGUUCAACAUACAGGUUUGGGUUGUUUUUGGUUUUUUUUUUGCUCUCGGAAACAAUAUGCUGCUGGACACAUUUCCUGGAGGGAAAUGGACACCUACCUACACACAAAGCUAUCCAGCUAAUUUAUACCUUGUCGAAUUUAUAAUCUUGUCUAUGCUUCUAUGGACACUUUGUAUGGGCUGCAGCUCAAAUCCUAAAAUAGUCAAGAAUUUUUUCCUUUCCCAUAUAGUAUUCUAUUUACUUUGACUUUAAAAAAACAAAAAAAGCGUAUAAAUGCAAUAAUGCAGGUAGACUAGAAAUACUAGAUUGAAAAUUUAAAGUAGUUUAGCUUGUCCCAUCGUGACUGACAGUGUUGUGUGACACCCAACGCUGUACCCUAACAUUUUCCAGGCUUUCUCCGUAGCUGAAUCUAGUAUUAGCUUUGGAAACCCAUUGUGUGAGUGGUGGGUGGAUGGGUCGGAAAUGUGUGCUCUCUACACACUGUAUGUUACUCACAUCACAAGCUGUAUGGUCACUCCAUAUGCUGUGAAACUGUAAAUGAUUCCCAAAUACACCUGUAACUCUUACCAGGAUUGUGAGAAAUAAACUAUAUAUAGAUAUAUAUACACACA